AUGACGAUUGCGUUUCUUGACGUGGCAAUCACCAUCGAAUAUGUUUCGACUGCAAUUUCUCUCGUUUGUCUGCCAAUCAAUAUUCUUUUUGUCUACAUUUUAAUCAUCGAAAGAAAUCGUCCGCCGUACAAUACUCCAUUCUUCCGACUAUGUAUUCAUCUUUCGAUAGCCGAUAUUCUGAUGGAAGUAUUCUCAACACUCUUCUUCAAAUUUCCAUCAUUCGGUGUGUUUCCUGAUACUUUUUACAAAGAGAACUGGUCGGUUGUACCAAUUGCUGGAAUGCAAUAUCUCGGACAUGCUCAAGCAUUCGGAAUCAUUUUCAUUGCUGUCAAUCGAUUCACGGCAGUUCAUUAUCCUAUAAAACACCGGCAACAGUGGUGGACACCCAAGGUCACAAAAAGUCUUCUUCUAAUCCAAUGGAUUACUCCAAUCUUCUUCAUGGCUCCACUUUUUUUCACGGAUUUCAAAUUUCUGUUCUCUCGAAACUCCGGUUCAGUGAUAUUUGCUGCAAGUGAUGCUCGUUUUCAUAAGAAUUACUUCCUUGCGAUGGCCAUUGUCGACGGAAUUCUGAUCAAUUCUAUCGUAUUAUUGCUCUACGGAGCAAUUUUUGUUAGAGUGCACACCCACGUCGUCGUUCGUAAACCGGGAGAAUUGGCUCUCCGACUCGCUCUCUCUGCAUUCAUUAUAUUCAUUUGUUAUCUUGCUCUCGGAGUCUGUUCACUUUUAUCUGCAUUAACUCCUCCACCAGAUGCAUGGGUUUACCGUACAAUGUGGUUCGUUGUCAAUGAUGUUCUCUGUAAUUCAAGUGCAUUGGUCUUGUUGGCUCUCAAUCGACCCAUUAGAAAGGCGUUCACUCGACAUCUGGGAAUAUUCUCAUAUCAAGGAGUGAGCACAAAAAACAAUUCAUUGCUUCAAGCUGUCUAA